AAGAUAAAUAGAACGAGUUAGCAGAAAAGAGGAUAAGAAAACAAGAACAACCAAGUACAAAGACACACUUCAAACUCAACUCUGUUGUAACUCUCUCUUUUUUUUUCUGUCUCUGAUUGUGUAGUGAAAAUGGCAGUUACAUUAUCUAGUUACUGUUCCAUGUUCUCUUUACCAUCUUCCACAAUCAAACAUAGACACACUCAUACACACAUCCGUUGCAGCCGCAACCCUUUCGAUGCCAACCCCAAAAAGAAUGUUGGAUGGCAAAAGAAUCCUUUGGAGCUAUCAUCAAAAGAUGAAAGGUCUACUGGAGGGAAUAUGGUGGCAGCUAAGAAAGAUAAGGACAUUACGGUGGGAGAAUUGCUUAGGGAGGUUGAAUCAAGUGUUUUACGAGAUUUGGAUUUACUCAGUGCUGUUGUGAAGGUGUACUGCACGCAUACUCCCCCAGAUUAUUCACUUCCCUGGCAAAAGCAAAGACAAUACGCAAGCACUGGAAGUGCAUUUAUGAUCAAAGGUAGGAAACUAUUAACCAAUGCACAUUGUGUGGAGCAUGAUACACAGGUUAAAGUCAAGAAAAGAGGGGAUGAUUCGAAAUAUGUGGCUAAGGUUUUAGCCAGAGCUGUUAGUUGUGAUUUAGCUUUGCUUUCAGUAGAAAAUGAGGAGUUUUGGAAAGAUGCGAAGCCUCUUAGAUUUGGACGUUUGCCGAAUCUUCAGGAUUCUGUAACGGUUGUGGGAUAUCCUCUUGGAGGAGACACAAUUUCAGUGACAAAGGGAGUUGUAUCUCGUGUAGAGGUUUGUUCAUAUGCUCAUGGAUCGUCUGACUUAUUGGGCAUUCAAAUUGAUGCAGCAAUAAAUCCUGGUAAUAGCGGAGGUCCAGCGUUCAAUGACCAAGGAAAGUGCAUCGGAGUGGCAUUUCAGGCUCUCAAAGCUGAAGAUGUUGAGAAUAUCGGAUAUGUGAUUCCAACAACAGUUGUAUCUCAUUUUCUUACUGACUAUGAAAAGAAUGGAAAGUAUUCAGGUUUCCCUUGCCUCGGUGUACUUAUACAAAAGUUGGAGAAUCCUGCGCUGCGUGCAUGUUUGAAAAUACAGUCUAACGAGGGUGUAUUGGUACGUAGAGUUGAACCAACUUCGGAUGCAAAAAAUGUAUUAAAGGAGGGUGAUGUGAUUGUCAGCUUUGAUGACCUGCGUGUUGGAUGUGAAGGAACAGUUCCAUUCCGCUCAAAUGAGAGAAUUGCCUUCCACUACCUCAUCAGUCAAAAAUUUGCAGGUGAUACUGCAGAACUUGGUAUCAUCAGAGCCGGAACAUCAAUGAAAGUUAAAGUUAUUUUAAAUCCAAGAGUUAAUUUGGUCCCCUUUCAUAUUGAUGAAGGUCAGCCUUCCUACUUAAUAAUUGCCGGCUUAGUGUUCACACCUCUUUCAGAGCCAUAUAUUGAGGAGGAACAUGAAGACACUAUAGGGCUAAAGUUGUUGGCAAAGGCACGCUAUUCAUUUCCGAAGUUUAAAGGAGAACAGAUUGUAAUCCUUUCACAGGUCAUGGCAAACAAUUACAACAUAGGUUACGAAGAUAUGAGCAAUAUGCAGGUUAUAAAAUUCAACGGAGUUCGAAUUAAAAAUAUUCAACAUCUUGCUCAUCUCAUUGAUUCAUGCAAGGACAAGUAUAUGUGUUUUGAAUUUGAAGAUUGCUAUGCUGCUGUUUUGUUGAGAGAAGAUGUUAUUGCUACUACAACAUCCUUGAUCGAUGACUAUGGUAUCCAAUCUGAAAGAUCUCCUGAUCUUCAGGAACCUUAUGUGGAUUCACUAGAAGUAGAAGAUGACCAACCAGCAGACCAGGAAUUUGGUGAUACCCCGGUUUCAAAUAACGAAGUUAGCCACGAUGGAUUGUUCUGGGCAUAGCUAAUUUUCACCCAAAGAUGUCAUGUUAGUGUGAAAUUUCUCUUGGAGACCAUAUUUGAAGCAUAUGGUCACAAUUUUGGGCAGCAAACAGUAUCAGGGGCAACCUUUGAUGUCACCACAUGAAUAAUUUUAUGCUACCGAGUGAAAAUGCUAGAGUCGAUGAUUUGUUCUCUCUCCCUCUCUUGUUAAAUUGUUUUAGAGAAGGGAUAGGAGUAUAGGAGUAUAGGACUAUAGACAAGAGCUAAUCGCUUUUUCUUCCAUGUUGUAUUUUUUAUUCUUUUAGUGCGACUCUUGAUUUGAUAAACUCAGAAGAUCUCUUCAGGUUUGAUUCUCUAAUUUAAGGUGUAUUCUAUAUUUCUGGGGAAAUAAUAAUGCACAUAAGAGUGACUCUUGCAAGUUACAGCUA